AGUUGUGGGGCUGACUACCCCGUCAAACCUCCACUUGUGCGCUUUGUCACACCUGUGUACCACUGCAACAUAAACAGUGUGGGUCGUAUCUGCCACAACAUAUUUGACCGCAGCUACAACGCUCACAUAACCAUGAGAGAGAUCUUGGAUGCUGUAUAUGGAGUGCUCAUCGUUCCUGAACCCCAAGAUCCACUGGACAGUAUUUUGGCAGAGGAAUACCUGACCAGCAGAUYCAAGUAUGAAGAAGAGGCCAAGAAAAACACAGAYGAAGUUGCAGGCKAWUCAUUGGAUGACAUGGAGAAGGAAUUGUUGGGUGAAGAGUUGACUGAGAAGUUCAUACCCUCACACUUGAUUUGUCCACUAACCAACAAGAUGUUUGUUGACCCAGUGAAGAACCAGGAGGGAACAGUGUACGAGCGAAAGGCCAUUGAGAAACAUCUGAAGAGGACAUGGCUUGGAACUGAUCCCAAAACAAACAAGUUACUGACAUUAACUGACCUCAAGCCAUACCAAGACAUGAGAAAAAUGGCGAGGGACUAUCGCAAACAGCAAAUUCAGGAGACAGAUGUUUAAAACACAAUGUGGUUGCCAAAAUGUAGCAUUCCUGCCUUGUAGCCUACACAUUUUGGUGAAACAUGAUGAUGACGUUGGAACUAACGUUGAAGUAUGCUAACAAUUGUAUGUAACUGAUAUUUGUACUGACAUUUUCUAGAGGGAAUAGGUCUUCAUUUUCUUGGGGUUUGUACUUGAUUAUAAACUYGGGGGUUCGAGCCCUGAAUACUGCUUGGCUUACAGCCGUGGUAUAUCAUACCACUGGUAUGACAACACAUUUAU